CCCUCCCCAAGAUGCCAGUAGGGAAGGCUCAGUAUAAAUACCAGCCACUCUCCCUGGCAGGCAGGGACCAGCAGCUCUGCUCCACCAGAAAUCAGGAUGAAGCUUCUCACAGGCCUGAUUUUCUGCUCCUUGGUCCUGGGAGUCAGUAGCCAGUGGUAUUCAUUCUUUGGUGAGGCUACUAAAGGGGCUUGGGACAUGUGGAGAGCCUACUCUGACAUGAGGGAAGCCAAUUACACAAAUUCAGAUAAAUACUUUCAUGCUCGGGGGAACUAUGACGCUGCCCAAAGAGGACCUGGGGGUGCCUGGGCUGCUAAAGUGAUCAGUGAUGCCAGAGAGAAUAUUCAGAAACUCAUGGGCCAUGGAGAAGAGGAUUCGUUGGCUGACCAGGCUGCCAAUGAAUGGGGCCGGAGUGGCAAUGACCCCAAUCACUUCAGACCUGCCGGCCUGCCUGAUAAGUACUGAGCUUCCUCUUCACUCUGCUCUCAGGAGACCAGGGUGAGAGCGCCUGUGGUCAGGAACACAGAGUUAUUGAGUGUUGUGUGCACAGAAGCUGGUAGAGAGCAUACACUAUAUGUCUAGUAAAUGCUUGAGAGAUUGAAA